AAGGCAGCGGCGAUCGUCAGCGCCGGCUACACGUCACUGCCUGCUGAGCACUCCUCCCUCAGACCCCACUUCAGGAACUCUGCCUCCACUCCCCAGGGGUCGGAGACCCGGCUGCUCGCGUUCCUAAGUGUGACUGGGGGGAUCUGACGGCCUCUGGGGGCGGGAAACCUGAGGCCAGGCGCGGGCUGCCCGGAAGGCGAGCGCGCGUCCGGUCUGCACUACGGGGUCUCCAGGGAGCGCUUGGCCGGGCAGAUAACUGACCGGCGAGCCACCUGCCUUCCUGAGCCCGCAGAGAUCAACAGGCUGCCCUUCCCUGUGCACACGGACCCUGAGGACCGGCAGGUCUCCGAGAGCCGCGCAACUGCCGCAGGCCCGACGCGGCCACCUGUCGAGGGCUCUCUCCCAAGCAGGCCAUCCCUCGGCCGGUCCUCCUCCUACAGCGAAUAAGGCACCCCAGAAGUGCGGAGGCUCCUGGCCACCACCCGGCGGCGCUUGUCGGAGGGUGGUGGCGGCGGCCGCAGCCCGAAAAAACCCAGCCCUCACAAGCCCCGGCUUCCCCUAGGCCCCUUGACACUUGCAGCCUCUUCACUUGCGGCCCCUGACCCGGGCCUGACCGGUUCGUGACUCUCCUGCCAAUCAGAGACAGAGUUCCUCCUGGCAACCGACCAAUCAUCGCGCGCGGGUGUCCGCCUCGACUCCUCGGCCCUUCGGCUCCUCGCCACUUCCGGCUCCUGUGUCGCUCCGGAAGCCCGCGAGUUCCGGAAGCCCUGUUAAUCCGGAUUCGGCUAGGAAAAGGCCAGCUUUCCAGAGAAAUGUUUCAGAGAAAGUUACGUGGAGCGUGGGCGUUUCGCAGACUCUAAGCUUCUGGCAAGUAUGAGGCAAGGAUUUCACAGAAGAACUUGCAGCAGAAAUUCCCACUGCCAUAGCUAUAGGCUGUCCAGUCUUGAGGGAGUUGCCGGAACGGGAAAAAGAGACCUUCAGAGAAGACAUGACUUCCAAAAAAGAGAAUGCGAAGAGUACAAACAGAGUGCUAAGAAUAAGCCAGUUGGAUGCACUUGAACUAAACAAGGCCCUGGAGCAGCUUGUGUGGUCCCAGUUUACUCAGUGCUUUCAUGGAUUUAAACCUGGGCUAUUAGCUCGCUUUGAACCAGAGGUGAAAGCAUGCUUAUGGCUUUUCUUGUGGAGAUUCACCAUCUACUCCAAAAAUGCCACAGUGGGACAGUCAGUUUUGAAUAUUCAGUACAAAAAUGACUUUUCCCCUAACCUGAGAUAUCAGCCACCUAGUAAAAAUCAAAAAAUUUGGUAUGCUGUUUGUACAAUUGGUGGGAGAUGGUUAGAAGAACGAUGCUACGAUUUGCUUCGAAACCAUCAUUUAGCAUCAUUUGGGAAAGUCAAGCAGUGCGUGAAUUUUGUGGUUGGACUUUUGAAAUUAGGUGGGCUGAUUAAUUUUUUGAUUUUCCUUCAGAGGGGAAAGUUUGCAACUUUGACAGAACGUCUCCUAGGCAUUCAUUCUGUGUGUUGCAUGCCUCAAAACAUACGUGAAGUUGGCUUUGAAUACAUGAAUAGGGAACUUCUCUGGCAUGGUUUUGCUGAAUUUCUGAUUUUUCUCUUACCACUUAUCAAUGUCCAGAAGUUGAAAGCCAAGCUAUCUUCAUGGUAUAUCCCUCUUACUGGUGCACCUAAUAGUGACAAUAUAUUAGCCACCAAUGGCAAAGAAUGUUCUCUGUGUGGAGAGUGGCCCACCUUGCCUCACACCAUAGGAUGUGAGCAUAUCUUCUGUUACUUCUGUGCUAAGAGUAGUUUCUUAUUUGACAUGUACUUUACUUGUCCUAAAUGUGGCACAGAAGUACACAGUCUGCAGCCACUGAAAUCGGGAAUUGAGAUGUCAGAAGUAAAUGCUCUUUAGAAACUAAAAUUGCUUCCUCUGAGAGAAAAAAAAUGCACUGUUUAAAUUCUUAAUAUUAGUCAUCCUAAGUAUACCAUUUAUGUAUCCUUCAUAAGGAAUGUGCUGCAUAGCCACUGUCUUCUGCUCCUUUCCAGGCAUGACUAAAUUCUAAUCACUGGAAACCAUGUGAUUCUAAAUAUAUUGUAUAAAUGUUAAUGUAUUAUGUUUUUUUAAAUCAUUGCAUUCAAUUUUUAAUGUCAAGAAUAAUGGACAGCUUUUGUUAGGUGACUACUAACAAUGCUUCUUCAUUUUACCACUUCUUAAAAAGAGGUUGGACUUUAAAAAUAAAGAUUUUGGAGAUUCUGG